GUCAACUAGUAAUACCAAUACUACCAAUUUGGUCAAUUCCUCUUCAUAAUACAGUUACUCAUUGGCCAAACGAAUUGGCACCAAUCUAGUUUUUCCCAUUUUCCCAAACUAAACACAAAUAUUAUCACACUCUUCACUCUUCACUUCAUCUUUCGAUUCCAACAACAACUUUCCCAACGUCAUGGCCAUGGCUGGAUCAGGAACUCUCACUCUCUCACAAUUCUCACUUCAUAGACCAAUUUCAUUCCCCACAAAUAAACUACAAAGGACACGAAUUUGCAUUAGAGCCGUCUCAGGAGAUACAGAAACCACUUCAACAUCACUGUCAUUUUCUCCCCCUCCAAAUUUCAAGCCUCCUGAACCUAAACCCUUUAAAAUGAGACCUGAUAAAAAAAGUGAACUGCUUUCAGCUGUGCUUCCUUUGAUCAUUCGCCUUGCUACUGGAGUUUUCGCUUCUGGGUAUUCUUUCUCAUUCGUUUCUAAGGAUAAAUUUCCACCAAAUGAAUAUGCUUUGGAACUUUCAGGCACUAUGCUAAAAGAAACAUCAAAGAUAGGUGCUCGACCAGAAAAGCCAAUUGAGAUAUACGAAUUUGAAAGCUGCCCAUUUUGUCGGAAGGUUAGAGAAAUAGUUGCUAUUUUGGACCUUGAUGUUCUUUUCUAUCCUUGUCCUAGAAACGGUCCAAACUUUCGACCAAAAGUUGUUCAGUUGGGUGGUAAACAACAGUUCCCUUACAUGGUUGACCCAAACACUGGUGUUUCAAUGUAUGAAUCAGAUGACAUAAUUCGGUAUUUGGUUGGCACAUAUGGUGAUGGAAAUAUUCCUCUUACUUUAUCACUCGGAUUUUUAACGAACUUGACUUGUGGUCUUGCUAUGCUUAGUCGGAUUACAAAGGGAACAAAAUAUACUCCGGCAAAGUUACCACCAAAGCCACUUAAAUUAUGGGCUUAUGAGGGAUCUCCUUUCUGCAAAAUCGUACGCGAAGUACUUGUGGAAUUGGAGCUGCCACAUUUGCUUGUCAAUUGUGCUAGAGGUAGCCCAAAACGACAAAUACUAUAUGAGAAAGUAGGGCAUUUCCAGGUACCUUUUUUGGAAGAUCCAAACACAGGGAUAGAAAUGUUUGAAAGUGCUGAAAUUAUAGAGUACCUUAGAGCAACUUAUACUCUUUAGUGAUGCCUUUGCAUGUCGCAAACACUAUCAUCCUCUUGUGAGAUUUAAAUUCGUUCUUCUUACACAUGUAAAUCAACUUAUUACUUUAUCAAAAAUAUCAAAUAGUGGAUUCAAUUGCCUCAGCAAUAAAGUUAAACAAUGGGUUGAGGUGCUUAAUGUAAUAAAAUUGUGGGUUACAAAGUGUAUACGUACAUUAUUGACCUGCUUGGGCCAUUUACUAUACAACCUUUGAAUAUAAUUUUCC